GGCGGCGGCUGCGGCGGCAGCGCGCGGGGGGCUGCGAGGGGCGGCCGCUGCUUCUCGCGAGAGUUCGGGUUCUGCAGCCGUGCUCCAGCCUCUCCCUGGCUGAGGUGUGAGUUUCCCUGGCCCUGCCGUGGUUCCCAGCAUGUACCUGAGCAGUGCUGCCCGUGCCCAGAACCUUCUGUGUGCCGGGCUCCGGCGGCUCCCGCUGAUCCAGCAGCACUCCAGAGGGUUCUCUUACAAAGCUGUGAUCUUUGAGGAGAGCGGGGUGCUGCUCCCAGCCCCUCACAGGACAGCCACAGACUGGGAGGCCCGGAGCUGCAUUCCAGCUGGCACCAUCCAGCGAGCUGCACUGUCUGGAGGGGAGAACAGCCUCUCUCUGCAGUAUUCCAGAGGAGAGCUGACAGCUGUGGAGUUCCUGCAGGAAUUGGGACAGCAGUGCUUUGAGAUUGCAAAUGUCCGUGUUCCAGUGCACUCCUUUCUUUGGGAUUUAAUCCUAAAGGAGAUGAGAAAACAGCUCCCCAUAAUGGCAGAAGCAGCUCAGUGUAUCCGGGCAGAAGGGCUUAAGACAGCUCUGCUGAGCCACAGCUUGUGCCUGGGGGAUGGAGAGAGGUUCCUGCCCCUGGACCAACAGCACUUUGAUGUGAUGGUUGAAUCACAUCAGGAAGGGGUGCCCAGGCCAAAUCCUGGGAUCUACAAGCUGUGCUUGGAGCGCCUGGGUGUCCAGCCCCAGGAAUCCAUCCUGCUGGACAGCAGCAGCCAGAACCUGGAGGCAGCAGCCCAGCUUGGCAUGAAAACAGUGAAGGUUGAUGAUCCAGAAGCAGCACUCAAAGAGCUGGAAACCCAUCUGGGAUUUCCUUUGCAAGGGUUCGUUCCCUAUACUCGUUCAGUGAGACCAGGCCUGGAAAUCCCAAAGGAUCGUCUACAAAAGUACAUUGAGGAUGUUCUUGGUGCCCACACAACAGCCCCACUGCAGUUACGGCAGUUUGACCACGGAGAGCCCACCCGGAGCUAUUUGGUGAAGUUUGGAGGUCGUUUGCUGGUGCUGAAGAAGGAGGAGGAGCCUCCCGAUGGCCCCUCAGGCCCUUCUGUCCCACGGGAAUACAGGGUCCUGAAGGCUCUGGCUGAGGCUGGUGUUCCUGUGCCCCCUGUGCUUGCUCUCUGCGAGGACAGAAGCAUCCUUGGCACUCCUUUCUUCCUGCUGGAGCACUGUGCUGGCCACAUCCACCGCGCCGUGUCCCUGCCCGCAGUGCCGCCGCGCCAGCGCGGGGCCUGGUACGGGGCCAUGGCAAACGUCCUGGCCAGGAUCCACAGCCUGGACCUCGGAGCUGCCAAGCUGCAGGACCUCGGAGAGCACGGAAAUUACAUCCAGCAGCAGGUUGAGACCUGGACAAAGCAGUAUCGAGCUGUGGAAACUCACGUGAUCCCAGCGAUGGAGAGGCUCAUCCAGUGGCUGCCUCUGCAUUUUCCUGAAUCCCAGAAGACAACAGUGGUGCAUGGUGAUUUCAGGAUGGACCACCUGGUCUUUCAUCCAGACAGGCCAGAAGUCCUUGCUGUGCUGGGCUGGAAGUUUGCCACUCUAGGAGAUCCCAUGUGUGAUUUGGCGAAUAACUGUAUGAGCUUCUUCCUGCCAGCCCACUUUGGUGCUCACAGAGGCUUGAGGAAGUGUGACUUGGGGCACCUGGGAAUUCCCACAGCAGAGGAGUAUUCCCAGAUGUACUGUGGCCACCUGGGAGUGGAGCGCCCGGAGAGCUGGAAUUUCUACCUGGCCUUUGCCUUUUUCCGCCUGGCUGUGAUGCUGCAGGGGCGUCACCGUGGCUCCCUGGCAGGGAGGCCAGCUCCAGGUGACAGGAGCCCCAAGGAUGCAGAGUUUGUGGCCGAGCUGGCUUGGGAUUUUGCCAUUAAAGAAGGAUUCCGUGUGUUUGAGAACCUCCCCCCCACAAAGCUGCUCGUGAGACAUUCCAGCACCUGGGCCGGGCAAGGGCCACUCCUGGGCAGGAGUUACAGCACCUGGGCACGGCCUGGGGCAGCCCCUGUGCCCAGAGCCCCCCUGGUCACCCCCCCCAGCAGCCUGGGGAUGGCCCAGGGGCUUUGCUGCAAGAUGGAAAAUACGGGCAUCCAGUGGGGCUUUCCGAGUUCUCAUUCCAGGGGGACUGCACAUCCUCUGCCAGAGCUGCAGGAGCCAGCAGACUCCACACUGAUCCCAAAGGCUGCCUGUCCCUGCAGCUCUCGGGGAGAUCCUCUCCAGAGGAGCAGAGGGAAGCUCAGUUUGUCCUUCAGAGCCAUGGCUGGCUGUCAGAGGGGCAGCACCAGGGGCACUAGAGCUCUCAUGGGUCUCAUCCCAGACACAGAGUGCCAGGACAAGGCACUGAUGGCUGCACAGGCCAUGGAUCAGGGCACCAAGGUCCCUGGAGCAAAACAUCUCCACAGUGCAGAUCCCAGCCCAGCACUUCCCUUGGACCUGAGCUCCACAUCUGGCUGAGGGUCCCCAGGGUUCACAGGACAGGACUCUCCAAACCAGAGCUGAGCCAGGAGCUGCAGCACUGGGAAACCUCAGAUGGGGACCCAAACCAGCCACUCUGGCAUGGGAGAGGCCGUGCUGAGGGCAGCCUGUGAGCUUCUCAAUUCCAGUGGUGUUUGGUGUUAUCUGUGCUCAGUGCUUUUAUUGCCUGGCUCAAUACAGGGCCAAGUCCAGCCUUGGAUCAUGAGGCUGCAGGAGUCAGAACUGCAGCAGGGAGAGUUGGUUGGGAGUGACCUGGCUGGGGGUGCACGACUUGGUUUUGGGAAUAAAGAGAAUGGACCAGCG